CAACGAUUACGGCAAUUUUAUAAUAUUUGUAAAUAUACCGUGUGAGUCAUGGCCGUGGGAACGUUCCUACUGACAGCAUUGCUGUUGCUUCUUGGCUACCUGUUGGCAAAACUGCGUAGCACCAUGAAGUACUGGCAGGAGUUGGGCAUUCCCUGCGAGGAGCCCCACAUCCUGAUGGGAAGCAUGAAAGGAGUACGAACCAAGAGAUCGUUUAACGAUAUCUGGACGAGCUACUACAAGAAGUUUCGUGGAACCGGACCCUUUGCUGGCUUCUAUUGGUUCCAGCGACCAGCUGUUUUCGUUUUGGAAGCCUCUCUGGCAAAACAUAUCCUGAUCAAGGACUUCAACAAGUUCACGGACCGCGGCUUCUUUCACAACCCCGAGGACGAUCCUUUGUCCGGCCAGUUGUUCUUACUCGAUGGCCAGCGGUGGAAGUCCAUGCGCAAUAAGCUCUCUUCGACAUUCACCUCCGGAAAAAUGAAGUACAUGUUUCCCACGGUUAUCAAGGUGGGUCAUGAGUUCAUCGACGUUUUCGGCCAGCAUGUGGAAAAGAACCCCAUCACUGAGGUUAGGGAGUUUUUGGCCCGCUUCACCACUGACGUAAUAGGCACUUGUGCCUUUGGCAUCGAGUGCAGUAGCUUGAAGGACCCCGAUGCAGAGUUCCGAACGAUGGGUCGGCGAUCCGUGACAGAACACCGCCUGAGUGCUGUGGGGAUCGGGUUCGUGAACAGCUUCCCCAACCUGGCACGUCGACUGCACAUGAAAAUGACAACAGAGGCCGUAGAAAAGUUCUUCAUGCGCAUCGUUAGGGAAACAGUGGCUUUCAGGGAGCAGAACAAUAUCCGUCGAAACGAUUUCAUGGAUCAGUUGAUCGAUUUGAAAAACAAACCACUAAUGAUGUCCGAAACCGGCGAAAAUGUCAACCUUUCUAUUGAGGAGGUUGCAGCACAGGCCUUUGUGUUCUUCGCGGCUGGUUUCGAGACCUCAUCGACUACAAUGGGAUUCGCUUUGUAUGAGUUGGCGCAAAAUCAGGAUAUCCAGGCCAGACUGAGGGAAGAGGUCCUGGAGAUUUGUGAAAAGUACAAGGGGGAAUUAACCUACGAAAGUGUUCAGGAGCUGGUCUACCUUAAUCAAGUGAUAUCUGAAACUCUUCGCCUCUACACGGUUCUACCCGUCUUAAACCGCGAAUGCCUGGAGGACUUUGUGGUUCCCGACCAUCCCAAAUACGUUAUCAAGAAGGGAAUGCCCGUCAUAAUUCCUGCCGGAGCUAUGCACCGCGAUGAGAGACUGUACCCGAGUCCGGACGCAUUUAAUCCGGAAAACUUCUCCACCGAUCGCGUCAAGGAGCGCGAUUCCGUGGAGUGGCUUCCUUUCGGCGAUGGUCCUAGGAACUGCAUCGGAAUGCGAUUUGGCCAAAUGCAGGCACGGAUUGGACUGGCUCUUCUCAUUAGGGACUUUAGAUUCUCAGUCUGCGAGAAGACGACAAUCCCCAUGAAAUACGACAAAGAACAGUUCCUCAUUUCAAGUGAAUCUGGCAUCCACCUUAAGGUUGAACGAGUGUAACAACUUCGUUUCUAUGUUAUUACUAUCAUUUAAAUCGAUGAAAAUUACGUACGAAUUUACUUAAUGUAAACGCCAAGUCAAUCGGCGAGUCAUGCUGGCAUUUAUAAGAUAGAAUUCUUAUGAAGCUUAAUUGAGGGUCGAAUUCUCUUUUUCUUUUUUUCUUCUUACAAGCGAAGCUCUCUUUACACCGUAGACAAUCCGACAAAUGAAAGAUAUGCCUAAAAGUAGACUUUUGUCUAAAAAUCAUUAGCUCCAAAAUACUUAAAAUAGAAGUAGAUCUUCUUGGCAGCGAUUUUAAGUUUAUAUUAAGGUUAUGGAAGGGCUCGUAGAAUGGUAACCCCUUCUUUUAAAUGUAAUGGUAUAAAAGUUUAA